AUGGAUCAUCUUCCCUCACGUUAUAAUCUAAGGCAACGAAAAAAGGUGGACUACAACGUGAAUGCUAUUCGAAAUGCGGGCUGGUUACCUUACUUUCUGGGAAUAUUCCUCGUACUAGGCCGGAGUAGUCCAACAGCAUUUGGAAAUGAUACAACUCGAGCAGUACGCUGUAUCCCAGGAGGAGUAGAGCUGUCUUCUAUGGAACAAGUACCGUAUGAAAUCUGCGCAGACAAUCACUGCCAGACGUAUCCUCAACCGAGACAAACCGAAAUAGUGAAAUUCCCAACACAAAUGAUCCUUCAUGAACAUCAAGUUCACUGGAAAUUCGGUGGUGUUUCACCAGGGACCAUAGAGACAGUUUGCCCCGCGGCGCCGUUCUGCGAACACCUCGACUGCACCUUGUGCUCCGCUGUAGUUUUCAACCCAGAAUGUUGGCCCGUGAGAGCGCUUAUUGCAACCACCCUUUUUAUAUAUUUCCUCAUCACAGGGUGUUACGUUUUCCUCUAUGUUCCACUCAUAAUAGGCACCCCAAUACGGAUUGCAGCAAAAUGUUUAUGGAAUUUCGUCCGCUACAUUUUGCGCGGUUUUUUCUCAAGAAUUUGGUUUCAUCGGAAAAAGCGUGCGAGAAUCUCAACCGACCUUGUGGAACUUCUAGCAGUGUCUCUAGUCAUUCUAUGGGCUCCCUACACGAAAGGUUGUCAGCAGGUAAACAUACUCUCCCACACCUCGACAAUCUGCACGAAGUCGGACCAGGGAAACGUUUGCCAAGUACACUUGUCCGAAAUUUUCAAAUUGAGCCCAUUUAAACAGGAAGCUUGUUUCAAACUGCUUCGCGGAGAGGUUCCUAUUCACGAGUUUCGCAGAAAAACGAGAUCGUAUGUUGCAUUUAUGAGACCAAAUGUUCCGACUACAUGGAAUUCUUUCGCGUUGUCUUUGAGCUCCGUAACAGUCCCCCCAUUGCCAACUCUUAGCACAUCAUUCAUUUCUGACGGCCGCGCUACGGCUUUGUGGAACGAUCGGAUGACACCUGCUUUGCGAUGUGACAACAUGUGGGACGCGGCGAGUCUUAGGUGUGAGGUAGCAGACAACUGUAACUGCUAUCCGGCUGAGAAUACGGCGAACUGUCAGUGCAACGAUGUAAACAUUUCAUCGUGGAUGCGCGAUAUAAGACACCGCCUUCCCAUUGUCUCACCGUCACUAACAUUCCAACGUAACAAAGAAGGACAAAUUCAAGCGAAUGUCCCAAGUAUGACAACGGCAGAAAUAGUUUUCACAAUGCGAGAUAAUUUAACAACGAAUGUAGCCUAUGGCCAUUUCAGAAUGAACCUGAACAUCACGGACAGCGAUCUGGGUUGCCUCAUCACGUAUUUGUCGGGAAACAAUCAAACUGCGAGUGGCUUUGAGAACGAUUUAUCGCUCACUCUCGAAGCACUACAUCGACAAGUUGACGUAGCAGCCACCCUCCGAGUCGACUGGAACCACUGCCGAGAGGACGAACAUUUUGUGCUCGGUGGAGCUGGCGAACAAGUUCUCCGCAUCCUUCGCUUACUUCGUGCAGCUGAACAAGUGUCAGAAAAAAAUUUCGAAACUCGCGACGAGGAUCAAGUAGUGAUAGGCAGACUGAAUUCUAUCCAUCGGCACGCGUGGCUUGAUCGAAGACACGCGUUUGAAGUGGAUUCAAGGAAAGUGCUGGAAUUUGCCCAUGAAGGAAUAAGGGCACUCAAUAAAUUCAGCGAUGAACUGGAGAAAGAGCUGAGGAGAGCAGAGAACCAGUACGACAAUGUGAGAGCUAUGGAGACCCAGCACACGUUCCAGAGGCACAAGCUUCUACAGGUGCUCAGGAACGACAUGGCUGCUGAGAUCAAAGAGUCAACAAAGGAGUUAGUGGGGCUCCAAGAAAAGAUGAAGAAACAAGAUGCAGAAAUGGUCCGCUUGAGACAGACGGUCCAAUCGAUGAAAGCACAUUCAGAAACAAUGGACCCGAGCGAGCUGGUCGUGACCGUGGACGCAUCGAAGAAAACAAAGAGGACCGUGAGAAGUGAGAGUGGACCUGUUAAUGAUGAAGAAUAUUUCGAGAGAAUGAUCAAUGAAGUACAAGAAGAGGGUGAAGAGCAAGCAAUGGAAAUCCAACCUGUCGAACAGGUUCCUAAACAAGUGGAGCAGCCCGACGAAAAGCAAAGAAUCCGUGAGGAAGAACCCACUGUAGAGCAACGUCGACGUCGCCGUCCAGAAUCACUCGAAGAUCGAAGACAAGUUUGCCGCCCCAGGCCAGCUGAAGAUCACCAACAAGAUCAUCGUCUAGUGGAUCACCAGCAAGUUCGUCGUCCGGUAAGGUCCCAAUCUCGUCGUCAAGUUCGUCAUCCUGUUAGAUUCGAAGAACGACAUCGAGUCAGACGUGCAGCUUCAUUCGAAGAGAGAAUCAACGAGUUAAGAUACCGAGCUCGUGAUUUGGAACAAGUUCUGCGAAAUUUCCCGUUCAGAAACAUUGGACAUAAAAAAGGGUACGACGGGACAUGUGCGUUCUGCGGCAGAUAUGGCGUACACUUUUCCGAUUCGUGCCCAGAGGUUGUCGAGGGUGAUCAAAGAUUGCAGAUCGUAGAUCGAAAAAAGUUGUGUCAUCAAUGUCUCGGAUCGUGCCUGCCUAGAAGGUGCAAGUACAACCCAAGAAGCUGCUGGUACUGUGACAGAAUUCGAGGAUCGUGUGUUGAGGAUUUGAUUCCGGAAGACGAAGGACAUCAUAAAGCAUUAUGCCCAGUUCCAGACCUACGUGCGGAGGUACGGGAUCGACUCAAUCGAAUGCAGGACGACAUCAGGGACGCUGAACGAAGGAGACAAAGGAGA